GACUUCGUCGGGUCGGUUCCCGCUCCCGACGAUCGCUCUUUUGGAGUGUGACUCGGGACCCCUGUUUGAUUACUUAAAGAGAGCAUCGAGACCCUUACCUCUCAUUUCCCUCCAUCACCAUGCCUCCCCGCAAGAAAGCUGCUGCCGACGGUACUGCUGCCGCUCCGACACGCUCUAGUACGCGUAUCAAGGCUAAUAGCAAGGACGGCGCAGCAGCACCAGCCAAGCCAGCCUCCCAAGCCAAUAACAAACGGGCGCUUAGCCCCGAGGACGAGGACGAUGAGGAUGACGCCCCACCUGCGAAGAAACCAACUAGCAAAAAGGCAAAAAAGGCAAAGCUGGAUGACGAGGACGAGACUGUCACGAAGGAUGAUGAACCUGAGAAGAUCGUUACGGUGUUGAAAAGGGGUGCAGCUCCUGUUGAUCCCCAGUCGGGGAAAGUUCAUUCACAUCAAGUAUAUUCAAAUGAUGAGGGCGUCUGGGACGCCAUGCUCAACCAGACUGAUAUCAGUGGUGGUUCCAACAAGAACAAGUUUUAUGUCCUCCAGUUGCUCCACCCUAUAAGCUCCAAUUCUGCAUGUGUGUUGUACACUCGUUGGGGACGCGUGGGAGAGAACGGACAAUCCCAAUGUAAAGGUCCCUUUCCUCCUGCAACAGCCGUCAACGAGUUCAAGAAGCAAUUCAAGUCGAAAGCUGGUGUCGCCUGGGAAGCCCGAGUCGGCAUGCUUCCUAAGAAAGGGAAAUAUGUCUGGCUGGAACGUGACUUUGCUGAAGACGAUGAGAAAGACGAAGACGUUAAGGCUGGAGUGAGCAAGGCCCCUGCGGAGAAGGAGAAACCACCUAUUCCCGACUCUGUUCUUGCGCCACAGGUUCAAGAUUUCUGCAAACUUAUCUUCUCCACCAGCAUUAUUGACGCAACAUUGUCGUCCAUGAAUUAUGAUGCCAGGAAACUUCCUCUAGGAAAAUUAUCCAAGGCCACUAUUUUGAAUGGGUUCAAUGCUUUGAAGACACUCUCUGAGGUCCUAGACGACCCUAGCUGUGAUGCCGUAAAGGAAAAUGGCGGCAACCAGCGCGCAGCUAUCGAGCAGCUCACUGGCGCAUACUACUCAAUCAUUCCUCACGACUUUGGCCGACAGAGACCAAUGGUUAUUGACACUAAGCAAAGAUUGCAAAGGGAACUUGAAAUCGUGGACGCCCUCGGCGACAUGGAGAUCGCGUCCAAACUCAUCGCAUCAUCUAGCAACACCGACGCUGAUGGGGUGCCCAUUAAUCCCCUCGAUGCGCAAUUCGACUCUCUCGGUCUUUCCAAGAUGGAGCCUCUCGCUAGGGAUAGCCAGGAGUUCAUAACCCUCGAAGCCUAUGCCCGGGAUACGCACGGUGCCACCCAUAGCCAUAUUCACGUCGAGGUGCAACAUAUCUACAGAAUCGAAAGACCUGGGGAACAAGAAAGAUGGGAACAAGGAGGGUUCCACAAGGUGGAUCAUGGAGAACGCUUGCUGCUGUGGCACGGGUCGAGGACCACAAACUUCGCCGGCAUCCUUUCGCAAGGGCUUCGUAUUGCUCCUCCGGAAGCACCGGCAAAUGGCUACAUGUUUGGUAAAGGUGUUUACUUUGCGGAUAUGAUGUCCAAGUCUGCCGGAUAUUGCUAUCCAGGGUUGAGUAACAACACCGGUAUCCUACUUCUUUGCGAAGUUGCAGCAAAACCCUUCUAUGAGCGAACUGAUGCUGAAUACAAUGCAGACCAGAGCUGCAAACAGAAUAACAAAAGGGCUACGAAAGGUUUGGGCAGAACUCAGCCUACAAAAUGGAAGGACGCUGGGAAGUCUUUGGGUUACGAUGAACUCAUCGGCUGCGAGAUGCCCGAUGGAGGAGGAUCCGAUGUAACUACCGGUGGCUACCUCCAGUAUAACGAAUACAUCGUGUACGAUGUCGCUCAGAUUCGUACGAAGUAUCUGCUGAUGGUGAAGAUGUAAAGCUUGAUUAUUUGAACUGUAAUCGGACUGGCGUCGAUAUGAUUUUAUUAACGUCUAUUCAUUGUAACUUGCUCUAUGUUAGUGCGAUAAAGUGACCAUUGUUCUAUAAGGUAUGUCGUUCGUCGAUUACACCUCCCGGUGCCCUCCUAAAAGAUCGCGACAAGCCAACAUUCCAAUUAUUAGUGAC